GGACUGAUACAAAGCCUGAGCGACCGAGCAGAAGGCACGGAGGGCAAAAAGAGAGGAGGGAGGGCUGAGGGAAUAAAUGCAAACAGAACAGCGGAGAGGGGAGAAAAAAAAGGGACGAAAAAGAUGCACAAGAGAUGCAUCAGUUCUCGUCCGUAAGGAACAAAAAACAUUGUGUUCGUGAAUGGGAGCUGGUGUUUGCAAUGAGAAACCAGGCAGACUUCAGUCGCUGGUGUUGCUGAGCACCAAUCCUCUCCCUCUCUCUUACUCUCUCACUGUCUGUUUGUCUCUGCCAGCCACGACCUGAGCCCGGUGUGGGACGCGGACGCUCCUCGUGUUGCUGCUUUCAGGGCUGUUCCCCUCCCUGCCGCCUCUGGCUGUGUUUGGGCGAUGGUCCUCACUGAGAAGCAGAGCAUCACCCAGAUGCCGGUCUCUGACUGUAUGGGAGGAUAAGCCCGUGUACAGCAGCAUGGGAGCCAAACAGAUGAAAUGUCUCAGCUCAGCCAGCCCUGCUCACUCCCCCAAAGAGGAGUAUGUUAUCACCCAGGCCGCUGACACCCCCAAAGAGGAAACACUCCACGAUCAGUCUGAGGACCAGGGGGAACCUCAGGAUGACAAAUGUGAGCUGACGGAGAAGAAAUCUGUCACAGAGGAAGUGUCUCUGUGUGGAUUGUGCCCCUCCCUGGGGCAGGAUGGGCAGGAGGAGGAGAAGUCCUGGGAGGAGCAGCUGGAUGCCCACCAGGAGCAGCUGGAAAAGGAGAUGCAGGAGGCCAGGAGGAUGGUGUUCCGCCUACAGGCUCUGCUGCUCCAUGGCUCUCUCCCUGAGGAGGACCAGGAUGGAUCUGUGAGCUUCGGAGAUAACCGGGCAAAUGCUGAGCAGCAGCUGGUCCUAAUCCGCAGUCGUCUGGACCAAAGCGUGGAGGAAGCCCUUGAUCUCAAGAGAGAACUUCUUAGACACAAACAGGAGGCACGCCACCUUCAGGCCAUCAAGGAUGCUCUGCAGCAGCGCCUCACAGUGCAGGAGGACACUGUGCUGCAGCUAAAGCAGGAACUACUGAGGAGCAACAUGGCCAAAGAUCAACUGGAGAGGGAAAAUGCAGAGCUUAAACACAAGCUGAGCGAGAAGAACAAAUUCCUCAGUGAAUAUGAGCAGCAGCUUGGGAGGAAGGAGAGAAUACUGCAGCAGCAGCAGAAGCUCGACGAAGCCCAACAUAAAGCACAUGAGGUCGGCCGAGCACGGUCAUUCAGGAGUGAAGGUGGAGGUUACAGCAACUCAGUGGCUUCAAGUUCUCCCACAGCAUUUCAACACAGUGCACCAGGGGAGGAGCUGCAGCUGGUCAGGGAGGCUCUACGUAGUUUGAGGGACAGCUUUUCCGGCCAUGACCCUCAACAUCACACCCUGGAUACGCUGGAACAGGGCGUGGCCAGUCUCAUGGACCGCUUACACUCUGUGGACACUCAGCGCCGACAAGACAGAGGGGAGGAAUUUAAAUCUCCAGGACGCAGAGCCAACUCCACAGACCGUGACUCCUGGCCGCCAAGCUCGAAAAUGGCGCACUCACAUAGCAGCCCAGGGCUGGACACGGCCGUGUCCACUAAAGUGCUCUACUUCACUGAUCGCUCACUCACUCCGUUUCUGAUCAAUAUCCCAAAAAGGCUGGGUGAGGUGACAUUGCGAGACUUCAAGGCUGCUGUGGACAGACAAGGCAGUUUCAGAUACCACUUCAAGGCCCUCGACCCAGAGUUUGGCACAGUGAAAGAGGAGGUGUUCCAGGACGGAGCAAUCGUGCCUGGCUGGGAGGGAAAGAUUGUAGCGUGGGUGGAGGAGGACCAUGGAGAGAGGAGGUAGAGCUGAAAACCAGAGAUCACCACUUCAAACCUCAGUAGUUCCCACUGGACCAGGAUUCCACUGAAAACACUUGUGAUGCCAUAACAGAGAGAAGUUGUAAAACACUGAACAGGGACCAAUUGUAGUUACUCCAUUUCAGUACCAAAAUAUGUUUUAAGAAUGUUUCAUAUUUGACUCGCCAUUGCUUUUUAUUCAUUUAAGAAAUAGAUAUUAGGCAUUGUUUACAGCUCAUACAAUAAUAUAUGGGACUCCCAGAAAAUGGUCAGUAUGUGAUACUUGAAAUAGAUUUGCAAAAGAAAAAUAAUAGAAACAAAUGGUAUGCUGCUCCUCUAAUAAGCUGUAUUCAGUACAUAAUAUUCAAACCUAAACAUAAAAGUGUUUACUACAUUUUUCACAUGUUCCAGAUUGCCAAAUAGUGAUG